AAGUCCUUAAAGGACAAGCCGGAAAUAGUAGUGGUAGAUGGUUCAUCUUCUAAGGCAGAAAAAAUAGACGUUGCUCCUAGAGUAGUUGAGAAAAGCAAAAAAAUUUCGACCAAAAGAGUUGAAGUUUUGCAGACCUCAAAUGUGUCUUCUUUUUCCUACGAUUCAAAAAAAAUUACAGUUAACAAUUCUAACUCUAUUUCCACUAAAAGAAAUAACCAGUCCAGCGUGACAGAAGAAAACCUUAAGAGUAAAGGUCGGCCCCGCUUACUUGAAGAAUCAUCUAUUUUGCCGUCGAGGAAAGUCAGUUCAAAGAUAGUUCAGAACCCGGUUCUCUCUCAAGUGCAUGAUGUGGGCACGAAAUCAGGAAAUGAUUACUCUCUCUCUUUAGCCUCAAACACUUUCAAUCCGUUUUCACGAUCAGGUUACGAACCACAGGUAUCGGCCAUCGCAGGACCCUCAGGAACUAGUUUAAAGUCGGAAAAGAAAAAGAAAAUCAAUAUUCGGUACAUUCCGUAUGAGUCAGUGCCACCCCCGAUCAAACCCGAUAGUAAGUUAUUGUUCAAUCAUUUGAAUAAGCCGUUACAAAAAUUUACUACCGGCGUUAUUGCGGCUCAAAACUUUCCUAAAGCAACGAACGGAGAUUUACACAAGAUAUGUGAUAGAUACUGUUUAAAACCAAAUAUUGUGGUUAAGCAAAAUAUCUCUAGAUUAUAUCAGGAUACCAGCAUGGAAAAAAUUAUUGCAGAUAUAGAAGAUCGCGUGAUGGAAGAUAUGACCAUGAGAUGUGCGAAUCGUUAA